CAGAAAAGUACACCUUUUCUCUACCUUCCAUCAUUUCACCAACAAAUAGACCGAAAGCUGAAAAAACAUCAAACACCGCCCAUCUCCGCCACCUCUCACCUCUCACCUCCUCCUCCGCCUUUCUCCAGCAACAAUCCGACCUUGGUUGGUCUUAUAUCAUUCUUUUGUUUUUUUCUUUCUUUCUUUCUUAAAUUUCCUCGAUUAGCGAUCGAUAUCAUCGAUCUUUGCCCUUUUUUUUUUUUAUUUUUGGGGUAAAAUUUAGUAAAGAAGAACCCUAAUAUCUUUUGAGGCCCAAAAAAAAAAAGGAGCAUCAUUUCCAAUCGGUAGUUAUGGCCUUUCUCAACAAUGAUGAUCAGAAAUAUGAUUUCUCUGAAAAUCCUAAAGCUACCUCCAGAUUCAACCGAUCCUUAACGCUGCACAACCCAAACCCAGCGUACGAAUUUACCAAAACCCCCCUCCUCCCUCUCGAACGCACCGGCUCCGUCAAGAAGUUGUAUAGUUCCCCUUUUGGCUCAAUGGCUUCGGCGGGAAACUCGUUGAGGGGUAAGGUUCAGAAGCUUCGUUCCCUCUUCGAAAAACCCCCGUCGCAAUCUUCCCCUAGUUUAUCACCCCAGCCAUCAUCCUUAUCCUCAUCAUCAUUGUCCUCCUCUUCCAGACCCGCGAAAAGCUUAAGUUUGGAUCCCCCCCAUUUCCGGCUGCCUGGUACCGAGGACAGAGUUGUCAUUUACUUCACCAGCCUCCGGGGAAUCCGCAGAACCUACGCCGAUUGCUGCGCUGUUCGGAUGAUCUUCAAGGGCUUUCGCAUAAAUUUAGACGAGAGGGAUAUUUCCAUGGACAACGCGUACAGGAAGGAAUUACAGAGCGUUUUGGGGGAGAAAACCGUGAGUUUACCUCAGGUGUUUGUCAAGGGGAAGUAUAUUGGUGGAGCUGAUGUUGUGAGGCAGCUGAAUGAGGCGGGCGAGCUCGCCAAAAUGCUCAAAGGAUUGCCUAUUCGAGCAGUAAAGCCUGGGUUAGGGUAUAUUUGCGAAGGCUGUGGGGAUGCCAGGUUCGUGCCCUGCUCAAAUUGUAGCGGAAGUCGUAAAAUAUUUGACGAGGAUGAUGAGCAACUUAAGCGGUGCCCGGAGUGCAAUGAGAACGGCUUGAUUCGUUGCCCUGAGUGCUGCUAUUGAAUUAUCUGAAAUAGAAAAUGAAUAAUAAAAAAAGAGAGAAGAAUUUCAUGCUGGUUUAGUUCAGACUUCAGAUAGUGAUAACCUGUUUGUGUUUGGUGUUUUGUUCCUUGAAUUGGGGUUAUACCAAAUUUCCAGUUUGUUGUACAUAAGAGUGUGAAAGAUGGUGCAUUCUCAAGGCGAAGUAUGGUCUUCGCCUGGGUCGUAUUGUACUGUAAAAAUUGUGGUUGCUUCCCUUGUGUAUGUAUAAGGGGGUCUUUAAUGUAAGGAUUGGUAGCUGAUAUUGUGCUGCGUAUUUCAUGCAGCUUAUGGUAAACAUUAAUGGAAAUUGCCAUUAUUGUUAGUAAUGGGGAUCAUCUUUCAACUUUUUUCGUA